AUGUACAUUGUUCUAUCCCCCCUCCUCCUCUUAUUGGAAAGUCUAGUGAAGCUGAUCUAUGCCUACGGGAAAACUGAUGACAUCGGGUACCAUGGCAAAAGAAGGGGGACCAAGGAGGUGAACCUGCUCAAGUUCAUGCCCAGAUCCAGGCCCCCUGACAUCAACUAUCUGGACUGUUGGGGAGAAUGUAAGAGUGACCUCACACACAUGAGGUCCUGUAGCAGGAUCAUGUUGUCCCUCAAGAUCAGGCACAGCAGGACUUUUAGUUUGAAGUAAAGUACUGUAUUUUACUUUACUCUUGGGCUUGAACAGGUCAAACAUGAUUGAAUUAAAUGGAAUUGAAUUGUUAUUGUGAUAUUGGUAUCGGGAGGUAGUAUCCUUAGCUUACAACAUGUGACUGUGGAACAGAAUGUAUUGGCAACACAUAGGUUACUGUCCCUGCCGAACAGGUUACUGUCCCUGCCGAACAUACAGUACAUACUACCACUGCAAGGUAACAAAGGUACCAAACCUCAACAGAAACAAUUAUAUAAUUCGGGUAAAUUACCCCUUUUUCAUUUCAUGGUAUAAGCAUUUUACAAUUACAACAUAUGUUUGUGAUUAGAGUCCAUCUCUUACCUUUCCCUGCUCCUUCCCAUGUCUCCCUCUCUCUCUGUCGAUCUCAGAUUGAGCCGGUGAUCGAGCACCUGGACCUGGUCCACCACAUGCUGGUCUAUGGCUGCCCCUUGUCUUUGAAACAGACCUAA